AUGCCUAGCUUCAGCCUUCUUCAACACGGUUCCGAGGACGAUGAUGAUAUCGAAAAUUUAUCCGAGCCUGAUCAUCCUCUCGGAUUUGGUGCUCAAAAUUACUGCAAAUGGAUGAAUGCGUCGGCGGUUGGAUCCACCGGUCAAUCAUCAUAUCGAUUCGAAAUGAGUUCAGCGAGAGGCGACCACCCAUCGGAGUUUCGGCAAUCUUAUCCUCCGCUUACUGCGUAUAUCUGUAACGAUACAGUCAGUAUUGGAACCCUCCUUUCGUAUCAUCGAUCGGCAUCGGAUGGAAAUGGUCUCCAAAACGAUGAGGCUACGUCCCUUUGGAGGCACUGCAAUGACACAUAUCAAUCUACUACUUUGGAUGCCACCACUGCCACCUUAGCGAACAGCUUAGUACUAAAAAAAUCCAUUAAGGAAAUGAUAGACUUGGAGCGGCAGAAGUUGCAGCAUCAACAUCGAGAAGAAAACCAUGGAGUUCAGACUUUAGUUCGGAAUCUGGAACAAGAAGUGUCGUCUAUUAUGAAGGAGCGACGAGAAAGAGCAGAGCGACAAAAAAGAGAAGAAGAAGAAACAACCAAGAGAGAAGAAUCUAGGCCGCGACAGCCAGGACCGGCGACAAAAAGUCAAGCAGCUCAGUCCUCGAUAGGGAAUGACAACAACGCAGCAAUAGGGAUUGCCAAUGGAGAGUCCGACGAUCAAAGAGGGAAAGAAAAAUCUCAACUUCUCGAGACAAAGGAUACGAUGCCAGGGAACAGAACAGUCCACAGUGGACUUAGUAGUGAGAAAAAUAAUAGCAAGGCGGCAUCGCGAACUCCAGAACACAUUCUGAAGGGAAAGAAACUCAUCUUGCAACUCGUGAAGCUGCGGAAAACUAUUGAACCUUUCGAUAAGAACAAAGCUGUGUCAAAGCGAAGGCUUGCAAUGAAGAAAACGAUUCGCGGAAAGCUCAACACCCUAAGCGAGAGUGCAGAGAAGGUUCAAGAAGUGUGUGCUCAAGUCAACGCCGCCAUUAACACAGCACGACAAGAAGACGCGCAAAUGAAGGAAGCCAUAAAACAAGGGCAAGCUGGGUUUACAACAGACAUGGCUCACGGGAAAAGAUACAUUAUAGAUCUUUUUGCUUCCAAUGUUAUUCAAAGGGUCCAAGCAGAGGGAUUCAAUGGGCCACGGGGGGAUGGGUUUCCUCUUGCUGCCAUGGUUGCAAUGGUUUCUUCCGAAAACAAAGACGUGAUACCUGUUCUUGCUGCUCAUAUUUAUACUGUGUGCCGUAUAGCUAUUCCUUCUCUUCCAGACGCGGUUGCCAGCGCUAGUGAAGUUGACUUUAUGGAAAGUCUCGGCAUGCUCCGAGACAAGAAUGGAGACUUUGAGAGCUGGGAUCGUUUCUCCUCAAGAACCGAGAACAUCAUCUCAAUUGUGGCCAACAUCCAAGCGUCCAUGCCACCUACACACUGUUUACUGGGUGGACAAAAAGGUGCAGCUGAGUGGCUGGAGCGAUUUCUGGAGUCGCUCCCACCUCCACCGACAGCACCGCUUCCACUACUAACAGCUCCAGUGCUCCACGCCUUCCUUUCUGGAGCAGGCUGCAUGCUUGCAGACAAGUAUGAAUCGUUAUUCAAGAAAAGUCUCCAGACAAUAUCAGAAGAUAUCUUGGAUCGAUUGGACCAAGGUGCAAUUGGAAAGCCAAGUUUCAUUCGCUUGUCCAAGACAAUGGAGAAAGGAUACAAUGGAUUUAGGUCAACAUUGCCACCCAAGGCUAUCCCAGAGAUGUACAAUAGCAGCAUCAACACUGGUAUCGGAAAGUCAGGUGGAAUGCACGGGCAUAAUACCUCCAGCAGGUCUUUCGGUGGAGGCAACCCGUCAACGUCUACCUCUGCUGCACAAUCCAACCCUUUUGGCAGCAGCUCGGUUUCUCCGCGCAUCUUGACAAAUAACAAUGCGGUAUCCAAUCCAUUUGGCAGUAGUCCAAUUGCCACUCCAAAUUCAUUUGGAAGGGGUUCAAGCAGAGAUCAAAUGAAUCAAUUCAACAGUGCUGAUUCCAACACUUUUGCGAAAGCGACAAGCUUCGGUUUUGGCUCACAAGAUACUGCACCAUCAACUUCAGGAUGGGCCUCCACCGGGAACAAAGCUAGUGGAAACCAAUCGUUUGGUGCUACAUUUGGAAACAUACAGAGCAGUAAUCCAUUUGCAGCAGAACAUGCGGGCAACACACAGGAAAAAAAUGCAAUGUCAUCCAGCACGUCCUUCUCUUCGAGCAAUCAAAUACCCAAUCAAAUACCGACAAAUAUAUUUGGUUCCAUCAAUCAAGUGCCGCCAAAUACUACACCAUUUGGUUCCAGCAAUCAAGUACAGACAAGCACUACACCGUUUGGUUCCAGCAAUCAAGUACAUACAAACACUACACCAUUUGGUUCCAGCAAUCAAGUACAUACAAACACUACACCAUUUGGUUCCAGCAGCCAUUUGCGGACUAAUGCAGCUCCUUUUGGUUCAAGCAAUCAAGCACAGACUAGCACAGCGCCAUUUGGGUCGAGUACUCAAGGGAAAACGCAGACUCGUGCUUCGGCUUUCGGAUCAAGGAAUCGAACAACUACUGGUGCUUCGGCUUUCGGAUCCAGUAAUCAAGCAACUACUGGUUCUUCGCCUUUUGGUGCCAACUCUGGGAACAACAACAAGAAGAAUAUACCUCCUUGCAAGUUUUUCCUGAAGGGUCAGUGUAGGUUUGGUGAUAAAUGCAAAUUCAGUCAUGACAUCGGAAACAGCUCGUCGGUUUUUUCUUGGAAUAAUAACAACAACAACAGUAACAGAAACGCGCCAUUUGGAGGGGGGUUCAGCUCUAAUCAACGAAAUCCGUUUGCAUAG